AUGAGUACCAGCUUUUCGAAUCCAGACUACUCGGUCAAAAGCUAUCUCGACAACAGGCCUCGUUAUCCUCAGGAGCUAUACGACACCAUCCUCGAGUUUCACAAGACGCCGCCCACCGAUGGUCACUCGUGUCCGGUGUUCCAAACGAAGGUCGCCGUGGACUUGGGAUGCGGACCGGGCAUUGCUACCGCGGAACUGGUUCACCGCUUCGAGAAAGUAAUCGCUAUUGACGAAUCUGAGCCGAUGAUCAAGCUCGCAAGUUCACAUUUACCUGAACUUGAAUGUCAUGUUGGAACUGCAACAUGUAUGCCAGUCGAGUCUGGAACAGUAGACUUGAUCACCGUCGCCACCGCAGCGCAUUGGUUUCCGGCUAGUUGGUGGGAAGAAGCGCAUCGGGUCCUCAAACCAGGUGGCACGGUAGCACUCUGGACAGUGGCUCACCAGUUGAUCAUCGAACCGUUUCAUCCUAAAAGCUGCGAGCUCACCGAUUUACAAACGGCAUUCGUUAACGACUUCCGGCCCUAUCUUGCAGCUGGUAAUGAAUAUGUCUUCGAUAUGUACGACACGCUUCCCCUUCCAUCGCCUGAGUUGAGUUUUGGACCAAUCAAGAGAAUGUCUUGGAAUCGAGAGACGGUCGACGAUCCGGAAAUGCUCAUGGCCUCCAAGAUAAAUGUUGACAGUCUGCGUAAACGAUUUCACACCUACAGUCCAAUCUAUCGCUGGAGAGCAGACAAUCCUACGAAGAAAGACACUCAGGACGAUCCCGUCGAGAAACUGCUUACCAAGCUCAAGAACAUCACCAGUUGGGACGACUCAACUGAGUUUACAGCUGGCUAUCCCUUAGCCCUGAUCAUGACCAAAAAACUUUCAUGA